CCGGGGUUAAUAGCGCUUGAGGAAGAAGACGAGAGAAAAACGCGUCAGCGCCAUUCGUUAAAUGAUAUUUUCGCUACUGAGGAAGGGUACGCGUCCGAAGCUGGCACCAAGAGAUCAAAGAAAUUUGACAUUCAACGGCGGCUAAAAAAUAUGAUCCUUCGAGAUGAUCAAACAGUCGAGGAAAUGCCCACUUCAAAUUCUGAUCCACCUUCUCCAAAAGAAGCUGCACCGAUUCCCGUCUCUCAACCUUCCGGAUCUAAAGAAUUGAAAGCUCCAUCAAGCUCGACACAAUUAAUAUCAUCGUCACCCCCAGUACUUAUUAGACGCCAAACUCAAAAAACGCUUAACAUCUCCACAAUAAAAAAAGAACCCCGAAUUCCCACCGAAUGUAAAUGCUCGGUUAAUAAAGAGCACUACGAGAACUUGAUUCUUGAUUCGGUGUUUGAUGGAAGCGUCGAAAAGAUUUUCAAUUUUAUGUAUACGUGUGAAUUUUUUAAGGAUUUCCUGGUGAACGUUGAAAAGGCUACCGAUGUCAACAUCAGCGAAUGGAAAUUAGACAAUUCCAAAAAAUUAAAUCGUUCCUCAUCCUAUAUGAAGAAACUGAACUUUCCAAUAGGACCAAAAAGCACCAAAUGCAUAUUUGAAGAAGAAUGCCUUCACCGUGACUUUGACAGUUAUGUCACAAUAAUGGCAACUACACAAACCCCUGACGUGCCAUCGGGCAACGCGUUCUGUAUUAAAACACGCGUGUGCCUCAUGUGGGCUGGUGAGAACAAAGCUCGUGUUGUGAUCACUGCUGCAGUAGAAUGGUCAAAAUCUAGUCUUUUAAAAAGCAAAAUUGAAAAAGCCGCGAUUGACGGUCAAAAAGAGUUUUAUUCGUCGCUAGCAAACACAACGCGCACCUACAUUGCUGCACAUCCUGCAGAAUUUCGGGAAGACGAUACAUCAGUAUUACCGAGGCUUGAACACUUAUCGGAAGGAACCGAUAAUGAUUUGCUUAACAAGGAUGCGAUACGCGAGGAGCGUAUGUCAAACACCAACAUUCGAAACUUUCCUUCACAAAACAGAUAUUCAGAAAGUAAAACGUCUGGGUCCUCUUCGUCAUCAUCCUCUAUCACGUCAGAUAACAAUAAGCGAUCUAUGUUAACAGCAAUCAGUGAUAACACCUGUGCAUACAUCCCAGACGUUUCAGAAAUUUUGUUUAACACGAUACAACGGAUACUCGAGGUAUACGACAAUAUGCCAUCAUUGCCAUCACUACCUUCACAGAAUACAAUGAUCUUCAUUGGAUUCGUGUUCAUGAUUAUUUUAAACAUACAUAUGCUACUACGCUUGAAUGAGAUUUCUAACAAGAUGGACAUGUUGCGGAAUCACAAUGAGGUCAUGUAUCGCCUUGACGAAAAUAACUUGUAUGGAAUACGACACCGAGCAUGGUAUUACUAUUUUGGGAUGUUUGAUGAACGAACCAUGUGUGCUCCUAAAUGA